AUCAUCUAAUGAUCCAUAAAAUAAUGAAUCCAGAUGACACCUUCUUGUAUUUGAUAUAAAAGUUGGGAGUGUUUCUACACCCUACACAGUUCUAUCAACUUAUCAUACAGAGAAUCAUCUCAACUAUAAUAGACGACAUGGCACCUUUAAUGUUACUCAUGAUUGUUGGUUUGGCUUCAGUUUAUGGAGUUCAGAGUGAGAGUGUUUUGAGUAAAGAAGCUGAUUUUUUCAAGAAUUUGUUCCAUCCCAGAGUUGCAGAGGAAAAAGCUUGUACAGAUUGUCUGAAAUUUAUCGGUGAUAUCAAAACUGUCAUGGCCAGUCAACCUUUCGCUGCUCAAAUAGCUUCCCAGGUAGAUAUGGGAUGUGCUUUAGUUGGUUCUGUUGAGGCCCAGUGUAAACAAAUGGUAACUGCUUUGAUUCAUUCAGCUUUAACUUUUGUAUCCAACUUCGCCAACCCACAAAUAACCUGUGAUAUGCUGGCUUUCUGUUUACCAACUCCUCCACCUAAACAACUUCAAUGGUAGAUGAUAAGAGAUAAAACUAGAGAGAAGAUAAUGAUAAUUUGUGAACCAGGAUAAUGUUAUAUGGACUAUGAGAUAAAUAAACUUUAUAUUUAUUAUAAAAUAUAGAUUCUAGACAUAAUUAUAAAAAUAGCUGUUAUAUUGUAAAUAAAUUUUUGAAGCAUG